UUAUAGAUCGUAUUUAAAGAGCCCCUGGGAGUCUCCGGCUGCGCGGCCUGGUGACGAGGACUCGGCCUGAGCGGCUUCUCCUCUCUGGGAUCGGACUGUGAUUCCCUCAGUGACGGGAUUAUGGAUGUGCAGCCGUGAGCGGCCUGUGUAGCCGAUCUAUCAAAAAAUGACAGAAUAUAAAUUGGUCGUGGUCGGCGCUGGAGGCGUAGGGAAAAGCGCCCUUACAAUACAACUCAUACAGAAUCAUUUUGUCGACGAGUAUGAUCCCACUAUAGAGGACUCCUACAGAAAGCAGGUAGUAAUCGAUGGGGAGACAUGCCUGCUGGAUAUACUGGACACUGCAGGUCAAGAGGAGUACAGUGCAAUGAGGGACCAGUACAUGCGGACGGGGGAGGGAUUCUUGUGCGUGUUCGCCAUCAAUAACACUAAAUCGUUCGAGGACAUUCACCAUUAUAGAGAACAAAUAAAGAGAGUAAAGGACUCCGAGGAUGUACCGAUGGUCUUAGUGGGCAAUAAAUGUGACUUACCAUCUAGAACCGUAGACACCAAACAAGCUCAAGAUCUAGCGAGAAGUUACGGGAUUCCUUUUAUCGAGACCUCUGCGAAAACCAGACAGAGAGUGGAGGAUGCUUUUUAUACAUUGGUGAGAGAAAUCCGACAAUACAGAUUGAAAAAGAUGAGCAAAGAAGAAAAGACGCCCGGCUGUGUGAAAAUAAAAAAAUGCCUUGUAAUGUGAGCGGGGGGUUGACGAUGCCUUCUACACGUUAGUACGAGAAAUCCGAAAACACAAAGAGAAGAUGAGCAAGGAAGGCAAAAAGAAGAAGAAGAAAUCCAAGUCAAAGUGUGUGAUCCUGUGACCGGGCUCCACCCUGGAACGUGGGCCCCCACCUCAAUCUCCCCAUCGCCUCUGUACAUUAUACACUAAAUUAUUAGCACUCGGUCUCCUUGCUUCCAGCACUGCAUCCUGUCGUGCCAGUGUAUCGGGGCCCGGACGGAAGCCCCGGUGGGAUCGUCUGGAGCCUCCAUUGUGUGCAUGCCGCGUACGGUGUCCCACUUCUCCUUCAAGCUUCACAGACCAUAGACGUUUGUAUCGUGUGACGUAAAUGCCGCCAUCUCAACUCUUUUACCGUUGUGUGAGGCUCCUGGGACUUACAGUGCUUCAUCGGUUUCUUGCACGCCGCCACUACUACAGCCGUGUUGGUGAUUUUUAUGACUCUACUAAAUGCAACAACCCCCCCCCCCCUUACUGUACCUACAAUGUGGCAUACUGGUGCUAAGGGCAAUGAUUGAAGCUGAGUGAUUAUGCAUGAUGACAGGUUAUUAGAUGAAUGUUGCUCCCUCCUCCUCCUCCCGCUAGUAUCCGGGGGUCUGGACUCUUUCGGGAGAAGCGUCUCUUCCUGUUCUGUCUCUAGAUUCUGGACUCAUUGUUUUAUAGAAUAAAUACAUUACUGUAUCCGAUACUGGCGGCGAUCGCUCAUGUUCUCCCAUGUGGUGGCGCCCCCUGUAGGGAAGCAAUAUUACAUACAUUCCAGACCAGCUCAGUCGAUAAGCUUAUUACAAUGCAUUGAUCCAUCAGCAAUGAUCUCCUGUAAGUGGCCAGAGGACUCAGUGUUGUGUCUUAGAUUGCCCCUCCUACAUUUCUACAGGGGGUGGAGUCAGCAUGUCAAUCAAAUCUUCCAUAGUCUGAAUGGGUUUUGUGUUAACAAUAAUUUUUAGUUUUGUGCCAUUUAUGUAGCGCCCUCCCCCCCCAACUGUAGAAGAACUACUACAACCAGCAAGUACAUGUUAUGACCCUUUUCUAUGUGCAGCUAUGGUAGAACUAUAGUCCCCAGCAUCCAGUGUAGAGGAGUCUGGGAGACAGACUUGCGAGGGUGCCACCUUAUUGAUGCUCUGCGUUACUGGUGGAUAGGACCUUGUCACCCUGGGGUGCUGCCGCACUCUUUUUUUUUUUUUUUAUUACAUCAUGUGCCAUUAGAAGUGAGUGUGGAGCAGCUUUGCUCUAUACGGCAUAGCUGAGCCGUGUGACCUCUGCUGUGGAGGUGGCGGCACUUCUUGGAGUGCUUUACCAUGUACAUUAAGGGAGAUAAUGGGAGAUCUGGAGACUUUUUUCCAUUUUUUUUUUUUUUUUCCCCCUGGGAUGAACUAGUUCGGUCUGUACCAUGCAGACAUGAGCAAUCAAUCAGGCAGAGACUAGGCUUAAACAGAACCAACAGUGAUCCCGAUGGGGACUCGAAGAUAAUUGUAAAAGUUUUGGGCUCAGCUUUUCGAGAUGGUGACACUACCCCCCUUGUGGCGGCUUUGGCUCCUGAACUGUAGCCGGGAGCCCACAUCUACCUCUCUGUAAUCGUAACUGGUAAUACAGCGGAGUGCUUCUUCUAAAACUGGAAGUCCUGCUGUCCCACCUGUUUUAGGCCCCAGCUCCGGGUGAUACCUGCUAUAUAUACAUUGAGCGUUGUCUAGUGCAGUCUUAAUCCCCACCUAUUGUCUCAUUAGGCUCAAACUGAAGCUUAGCUUCACCCCUAUGCUUUAUACUGCAGCUGUGCUUGUUGCUGUAUAAGCCUGAAAGGUACCUUCUAUGUAUAAUCUUCCUCCUUUUUAGUUGCAUUUUCUAUUGGAGUACAAUGUAGUGUUAUUCCCACUUACUGUCUCUUUAGAGGCUCAGACUUGCUAUUCCGUGCAACCCAUGCUUUACGCUGCAGCUAUUCUCCAUUAGGGUACGUUCACACGAUAGGACCCACAGCGUAUUUUACGCAGCGGAUCCGCCCCUUAAGGACCGCUGCAUGGUGGCUUUACAUGUGCCUGCUCUGAGCGCCGCUACGCGCAGACACGCUGAAGCGAUGUGCGAGUCGCCGCACAUGCGCGUUGUACUCGCACACAUUGCGCCUGCUCCAUGAGCUAGGCCGAGAGCUGCCGCGAUGUGCGAGUGUACUGCGCAUGCGCGCUGCGAUUCACACAUGAAAGCCACCAUGCAGCGGUCCUUCAGCGGCAGAUCCGCAGCGUAAAAUAUGCUGUAGUUCCGCUCGUGUGAAUGUACCCUUAGGGUAUAAUUAUAACAACUAGCUUCAGUUGCAGUAGAACUCCUACCUACUAUAUCAAGGCACCCUGGUUGGGAAAUACUACUCUAUCAUUACAGGCUCCAGCUGCCUCUCCAUGCUUUACACUGCAACUUCUAUCCUUUAAGAGCAAAAUGUAAGAUAUUAAUGAAAAAGUGUGCGCUUUAUUUGAACUUUGGCAGGAGUACACAUGACGUACACAGAGGGAAAAUGGCGGGAAAGAUGACUUUAAACAAUGUCAGCUAAAUUCCCGUCAGCUGCUCUCUUGCCUCCAUGCUUUACACUGCAGCGCUGCUUGGUGCCUUGUAUAGGCCCAAGCUCAGCAAGCAAUCCUUACAUGAAAAAAUGGUCUCCUGCCCUUGCAGUAAUAUUAUAAACCACAGGAACUAAAGAGACAGGGAGAAAGGGAUGGGGAAUGGGUCUGCACAUAGUGGGAGGGGCCUCAAUAAGAUGGGUGGGGUCUUAUUUAAAGAUGCAGUAAACCUAAAACUCAAUCAGCCCAACGCAUGUGAAGAACGUAUGUGACCUGUGGGUGGUUAGUCGGUGACUCCUGGGUUGGGGGGGGGGGGGGUGGUCUCUAAUAUUAUUUGAGGGUUAAUAUUUCUGAUCAGUUGUGUGAGAAUAAUUUGUAUUAACCAAAUGUCACAUAAAUUGUUAUUAUGGACUGGUAAACAAAAACAAACGCUCUGUCCGUCUGGAGGGGGGAUUGGUUUUUGCCGCUUAACCGGUCGUCAUCAUCCGGCUACAACCAACGUGAAGACUCUGAGAUCGUCUCAGCUACAUCCAAGGUAUCGGGUGACACCUUGUGGGGCGACACAAUCUGGUACCCACUUCGCCACCGUGUCGCGCUCCUCCCUCCAGCGUGAUAGGAGACCCCGGACUCUGUUUACUUGGAAUGUAUUUGGACUAUUUUUGUAUAGAACGUGCACAUUUUGUACAUUUGUGCUUUUUAUUACAUUUUUUUGGCUGUUUUUCAUACAUUGUGGUGGCCACGGUGUCGACGUGAUGAAUUGCGACCUUUUACGAUGACCACUGUUUUUUUUUUUUUCUGAUCUGGAUUUGUAGGAUUUUAUAGGAGUUUGUUCCCGUGGGGGAUGUAGUCAUCGUCGUCGCCAUUUUAUUUUUGUCAUUAACUGUAACGCUCCUAUUUAUUGUAAUGUAAUAAAGGACUUCUGGUGACUAUUACAG